GGGAGUUGUAGAUGUAAACAAGUGAUUCCUCUCCUUAAUUUCUUCAUUUUCUUUUCACAUCUUGGGUUCCAAGCCGUCACUGUAAUUCAACCACGCCUCUGAUUCACCCUCCUUCCUCCUUGCGAUGGAUUCCGUAUCCGAAAGCCAGAGAACUCUGUAUCCGUAUGUAACUGGAUCCUCUGUCGUUGCUAUCAAAUUCAAAGAUGGGAUUCUUAUGGCUGCUGAUAUGGGAGGUUCUUAUGGAUCUACCUUGCGGUACAAGAGCGUUGAACGUUUGAAGCCUAUUGGAAAGCACUCCCUUCUUGGUGCUAGUGGGGAAAUAAGUGACUUUCAGGAGAUCAUGCGCUACCUUGAUGAGCUUAUCCUUAAUGACAACAUGUGGGAUGAUGGGAAUUCUUUGGGGCCUAAGGAGGUGCACAACUAUUUAACUCGGGUGAUGUAUAAUAGGCGUAACAAGUUUAAUCCAUUGUGGAACUCACUUGUUCUUGGUGGUAUUAAAAAGGGGCAGAAGUACCUUGGCACGGUUAACAUGAUUGGCAUUAAUUACGAAGACAACCAUGUGGCAACUGGGCUUGGAAAUCAUCUUGCUAGGCCAAUUCUCCGCGAUGAGUGGAAUGAAAACUUGUCAUUUGAAGAAGGUGUCAGGUUGCUUGAAAAAUGCAUGCGAGUGCUUUUAUACCGUGAUAGGUCUGCUGUCAACAAGAUUCAGAUAUCUAGAAUUACCGAAGAAGGUGCUACUGUUUUCCCACCAUACUCUUUGAAAACAUACUGGGAGUUCUCAGCCUUCAAGAAUCCAACAGUUGGCGCUGAAGGUUCAUGGUAACUUAUUCGUUGUGAUGAAACUAAAACAGAAUUUUAAAUGGAUUCCAACAGAACUAUUUACUGGCUUGUAUGGAUAUGAAAUGAAAUGAGACAGCCUUCUGAAGUUAGACUCAAGUUGGGCGUUUAUUUCUUAAAUUCUUACGGUUGUUUGAAUUAUUGAUAUAUCUUUGGAACUUCUAUUUCAGUUUUAGUUUUCUUUCA